AUGCCAGUAGCGGUCAGCUGUAAGAACGACAGCACUAGCAUUGACGAUCUGUUGAAGACGAAGGGUCUCAUAUCUGAUGGGUCACGUAUAGAGAUCGACCAAGGCAUCUCAGCCAUCGAGAACUUCGUGCUUUUGAACCAGUCCAGCAGGAGUUACCGCCAGACGGCUCCACUAACAGGCACGGAGCAGCCUUUCAUGUUAUUCUCUGAGCGUGAGCUCGGUAUCUUGCUUUUGGAAAAUGCUGCGCUGAAAAAAAAGCUCCAGGAGCUAGUACUGGUGGACUAUGGGAACAGGGACAUCAUUCCUUCUCAGCAGAACUUGAUCGAUUGGCUUGGGCAGAAGGCUUCUGGGUUCCUUAUCACAGAGAUGCUUUUGAACGUCGGCAGGCGUGAGCCACGCGAAGGGCCGAGAGAUUACAAGGAUUCGACGUCCGUGAUGGGGUUGAGCAUGAUGAAAGAACACGUUCAAUCCAUUCGGCUGACCAACUUCGACCUUAUGACUUACGAGGGACGCCGCUAUGUUCACUGA